GGCGAAGUCGCCGCCUCGGCCGAGGCCCCAGCGGCAGACGGAGGCUCUCCCUCCGCCGCCAGCUACGCCCGGUCAGGCAAGCAACGCCGGGCAGCCCCCAGCGCGCGCCGAGACAGAGGAGGACGACGUGACGAUCUAUGUGAAGAGCUUCUUCGAGACGCCGGUGGGGCACGACGCGGUCGACAUCAGCCUCGGUGCAGGCGUCGCCCACUUCCGCUCGAUCGUGGCGACGACCGCCCGGACGCCCAGUGAGGACGGGGUGCUGGCUUUUGGGUCGAGGGUGAUCCAUGGCGACGGAGCGAACCUCGCGAGUGUGGGGCUCGGCGACGGCAGCACGUCGAAGAGCCCGAAACACCGCCCUCGGCGUGGACUUGCCGGGGCUGAGUUCUUCAAUUGCGGCAUCCCGAAUCCGUUCCUCGCGGAUGUCGGAUCCAGCAUCGAGGGCAGCGACGAGUACGAUGGGGACGACGAACUGGACAGCGGCGAGGGGGUGCAGCCUGCCGAUCACCGG